CUGUAUUCUCAGAGUUCCAUUGUGUCGGAAAGCUGUAGAAAGGCAGUGCUUACCUCCUUGUUUGGCAUCCGUUUCGCGCUUUGAAUCCUCACGUCCCUCUCAUUGUUUUUCUUCUUCUUCCUUCGUGUUGUACCUCGGCAGCCAUGAUCUCUGUUGCUUCUGAAACCCAACCACAGAUCGCCAGCCCAAUCCAACCACUCGAAACCCAGCCGCCGGAAACAAUCGUGUUCCGGUCGAGGCUACCGGACAUCACCAUCUCCAACCAUCUCCCUCUCCACACCUACUGUUUUGAGAAACUCCACGAGACGUCGGAUGCACCCUGCCUCAUCGCGGCCACCACUGGGAAGAUCUACACCUUCUCCGAGACCCACCUUCUGUGCCGUAAGGCGGCCGCUGGCUUUUCCAAGCUCGGGAUCGGACAUGGGGAUGUCGUCAUGGUCCUCCUGCAGAACGUACCUGAGUUCAUAUUCACGUUCAUGGGCGCAUGCAUGCUCGGGGCCAUCACCACCACCGCCAACCCGUUCUGCACUCCGGCCGAUAUCUUCAAGCAAAUCAAGGCCUCCGGCGCGAAGCUUGUCGUCACCCAGUCCGCGCACGUCGACAAGCUCCGCGGCGGGGACGAGGGGUUCCCUAAGAUCGGCGACGGCUUGAUGGUGAUCACCACCGAUGAGCCUCCCGAGGACUGCAUGAACUUCUGGGAAGUGCUGGACUCCAACGAGACGGCAGUCCCCCACGUCACCAUCGAUCCGGAGGACCCGGUCGCUCUGCCAUUCUCAUCGGGCACGACGGGGCUGCCCAAGGGGGUGUUGCUGACCCACAAGAGCAUGGUGUCGUCCAUAGCGCAGCAGGUGGACGGCGAGAACCCGAACGUGUACCUGAAGCGCGACGACGUGGUGCUGUGCGUGCUUCCCCUGUUCCACAUCUUCGCCCUCAACUCUGCGUUGCUCUGUUCGCUGAGGGCGGGUGCGGCGACGAUGCUGAUGCCAAAGUUCGAGAUCAGAACGAUGCUGGAAGGGAUACAGACGCACCGGGUGUCGGUGGCCGCGGUGGUGCCGCCGCUGGUGCUGGCGCUGGCGAAGAAUCAGGAGAUCGAGAACUACGACUUGAGCUCCAUGAGGAUCAUACUCUCGGGUGCUGCCCCACUGGGGAAGGAGCUCGAGGAUGCUCUCAGAAUCAGAGUCCCUCAGGCGAUCCUUGGCCAGGGCUAUGGAAUGACGGAAGCAGGGCCUGUGCUCUCGAUGUGCCCUGCGUUUGCUAAGCAUCCGACCGCUGUCAAAUCCGGCUCCUGCGGCAUUAUCGUAAGGAAUGCCGAGAUGAAGGUGGUGGAUCCGGACACCGGCUUCUCCCUCGGCCGCAACCAGCCCGGCGAGAUAUGCAUCCGGGGGGCUCAGAUCAUGAAAGGCUACCUUAACGACGUCGACUCCACGUCGAAGACGAUAGACGUCGACGGCUGGCUGCACACUGGGGACAUCGGCUACGUCGACGACGACGACGAGGUCUUCAUAGUGGACAGAGUAAAGGAGCUCAUCAAAUACAAGGGCUUCCAGGUUCCGCCAGCAGAGCUCGAAUCCCUGCUCUUAAGUCACCCCUCCAUCGCCGACGCUGCGGUCGUCCCGCAAAAGGAUGAGGCUGCAGGUGAAGUCCCAGUCGCCUUCGUCGUUCGAGCCAAAGACUCGGCCAUCAGCGAGCAAGCCAUAAAGGAAUUCAUAGCUAAACAGGUUGUGUUUUACAAGAGAUUGCAGAAGAUCUACUUCGUCCAUUCCAUUCCGAAAUCAGCAGCAGGAAAAAUACUGAGGAAGGAGUUGAAAGCCAAGCUCGCAGUUGCUUCUAAAUAAAGAGUGUUAUCGUCAUGCCUCGCUUUUCUUUGUUUCAGUAGAAGUGUCUUCCCGACGCCUAUGCAAACUUGUUGUUUAGUGAGGGUUUCCAUGGCCAAAUGCAACCCUAAUUGGUGUGCUUAUGAUUGGCUUAUCCUUAUCGUUAGCUAUCUCUGUCAACCUACUCCAAAGAGAUGGGAACUCUUAUGUAUUGCAUAAAGUUCAUCGUCCUCCGAUUAAGUGUUGUCGUGUGAUGAGAGUCCAUUGGUAUUUCAAUACGAAAAAUUGAAGUGAGAGUCA